UCUCCAACCAACGGAACAGUCUGUCUUCUCUGCACGUCUUUCUCUCUCUAUCCUCUCUCUCUCUCUCUCUCUCUCUCACAGAGACACACAGUCGGAUUUGUCUGCAAAUUGAUUUGCAAACUGAUCGGCAUUCCCCAAGCAAUCAGUUAAUUGGUGUAUUGUAUUCAUCAAUUUCGAGAACACAGAAGGUGCCGUUCCAUUAGCAGUGAGAGAGCUCCAUUUUCAGAUUCUGCUUCUCCAUUUUCGGAGGAAGAUCUGUUGCUGGCAAUUUCUGUUUCAAUUUUGAGCUGCUUCUCUACUAUCGGAUUUUUCAGCUUCAAUCGUUGAAGGAAACGACGAGAUCGCGAUACAUCGAUAAUUCCUUUGUUUUUGAUGCGAGAGAGAUGGAGCACAAGCACAAGCUCAUACUGGUCAUAUGUUUGCCAUCAAUAUCAACCCUACUACUUCUAUUGCUGUUAGCCUUUUGCCUCGUGCGGAGGAUGAGGGCGGAAGGUUCUAGAGACGCCGAAACUGCAUUCCAGUGCAAGGAAAGAGAUUUGGCGGCAAACGCGUCGGAGGAUUUGAUCUGGUUCCGAGGCGGUGAACAUCUUACGGCGCAGGAAAUCCUGGAUGCUCCUGGUGAAGUGAUUGGGAAAUCCAGCUAUGGAACGCUUUACAGAGCCUGUUUGGUCAAAUCAAAUUCGCUCACAUUGCUUAGAUUCCUUAGGCCUACCUGCACACUGAGGGUUAAGGAGGUCCUGCCAAUUGCAGAGUUUUUGGGUUCUGUUAGGCACCCAAAUUUGGUGCCUCUUAAUGCAUUUUAUGCAGGCUCGAGAGGGGAGAAGCUUAUGGUUCAUCCAUUUUAUGCUGCUGGAAAUUUGGCUCAGUUCAUCAGAGAUGAUAAUGGUGCUGCUCGGAAAUGGCCGAUCAUAUGCAGGAUUUCCACCGGCAUUGCCAGAGGACUUUUCCAUCUACACACAUCAAAUGAGAAGCCCAUUAUCCAUGGCAACCUUAAGUCGAAAAACAUACUCCUGGAUCAUCAUUGCAACCCAUAUGUGUCGGAUUUUGGGCUGCAUCUUCUUCUGAGUCCUGCUGCAGGGCAACAAAUGCUCGAAAGGUCUGCAUCCGAGGGGUAUAAAGCUCCGGAAUUGAUUAAGCUGAAAGAUGCCUGUGAAGCUAGUGAUAUUUACAGCUUAGGAGUAAUCCUUCUAGAGUUGCUGACCGGAAAACCAGCGAUCGAUGAAAACCCUACGCCUGAUCAAGAUUUUUAUCUGCCGAGUGUCUUGAGAAGUGCGAUUAUUGAUGAUCGAAUCUCUGACUUGUAUCAUCCCAACAUCCUUCAGAACCUAAGCAAUGAUCAGAGGGUAGUCACUGAAGAUGGGAUUCUCAAAUAUUUUCAACUGGCAAUGGCUUGUUGCUCUCCCUCCCGACCCCUUCGACCUGACAUUAAGCAAAUUCUCGACAAGCUUGAGGAAAUCGGGAAGUGUUGAAACCCUGGCCCCUAAGGUUAUGUUUCGACUUCUUUGCAGUUCUUGUCGUGGACUAACAUACAUUCUCCCGCGAUGAAUGUUUUGGCCGAGAAUUUAUCUUCAUGACCCUUGGCAGCAUCAGAAAGAGACUCCGAUUGACUUGCAGACGAAGGUUUAACAACAAAAUAGUCGCGAAAGAUGAUCAUAUGCAGAUAUUUUUUUUGAUGUGAAGAAAUUAGAGUGAUCGGACUUUUGAAUUUGUUGUUUAUUGAAUGAGAUAAUGAAUAGCAUUGUUGUUAGGAAACUCGUCGUCGUCGACAGAAUUUGAAACGUAUUAUUAGUGUUAAUUACAGAGUCAUUGGCAGCUCUA